GUUUAGCGACAUAGUGAGUGACAGCGUUUUGCUUUUUUUAGGUUAGGGAAUUGAAAAUGAUUUUAUAAAAUAAAAUGUUACCAAAAUUAAAGUUUACUUUAGAAAUGGAACUAGUGCUCAUUACUAUUACUACAGUCUUAUGUAGCAUCUUAUUUAUUAAAUUACUUUACAAAUUACAAUAUAUCCUAAUUUGGCGUGUUAAUUGUUGGUUUUGCAAUCAAAAUUUUUGGCUGAAGUAUGUGAAUCGCAAUAGCUGGACAUGUCCAAAAUGCGAGCAGUACAACGGGUUUACUAAGGACGGGGAUUAUAACAAAACAUUGGUGAAUACUUCGGAUCAAUCUAUAAAAUCUCCAAAAGUAUUCCAAAAAAGCCCUCCGAGAAAUGGCCUAUGCAAAAUGUGUAACAUAAACCAACAGCUGAAAGUGGUACAGCUUGCCAAUUUUGUACCUAUGAAUGAAAACAAAUUUGAUGAAGAAGUGGAGUCAUACAAGUCCCAGCUGGAAAAAGCAUACAAGCUGUGUAGUCCUUGUAGAAAAGUGCUGCAGAUGAAAUUACAUAGAGAAAAAGAAACACUUUUGGGUAAAAAACUUUUGGAGAACAGGACACCUGAUAAGAAACAACGAAAACAAGAGAAGAAAAGUCAAGUCUUAAAAGCAAUCAUAAACAAUACUUCUAUGUUUAUUGCUGGUGUGCUUGUCUUAUUUGUGUCCAUGGAAUGCUAUGUGGUUAUAAUGAACCAUAAAAAUGUACCUUGUUAUAUAAGUAAUGUAAAACAAAUAGCAUUAGGCAUUAUUGACAGAAUUGUAUCAAUAAUUAAAAUGAAGAUGAUUUUGACAUUCCCAUCAAUAGAAAAAUAUUUACACUAUUUCAAUGAACUGCAUUUGAUGGGGAAGGUGUCAGAACUGCAUUCCUUAGCUGAUGCAGAAGGAUAUUUCACAUUGACUCAGAAAGCCUUAGGUGGUUUUGUCUGUUUAAUACAGAUAAUAGGACAUAUUUGGAAUAUUAAUAAAUUGAAGUAUACAAUCGUAAUAGACUUACUGUGGUCUGUAUUUGUUAUCACAUCAAUACUGCACCACCCUCAAUCUUUGGAUCCAUUAUAUGUGAGUUUAAUUAAGUUGACAAGUACUUUAUCUGUGUUAUUUGUGUAUAUGAAAAUGAAAAACAGUAACAGAGUUCCUAAAAAGGUAAUGACUUCAAUGAGAAUGAAAAAUUUUAAUAAUGGAACAUUAACAUCAUUAAUUGACGAAGAAGACAAUUUAUCUUUGGAUACUGAUGAUGACGUAUCUCUUAGUAAAUUCGGAUUACAUAAUUUUACUGACUCGUCACAUGAGACAAUUAGCCCACAAAAUCUUCAGAAUGGUAGAUCGUUCACACCACGUAGUGAUAGUUUGUGGAGUAAACCGAAACUUAAUUCGACAUUCUGUGUAAACUCUGUAACUUGCAACAGUCCAAGUUCCAUAUCAGAUAAUGUAUUUAUAAAGCCGUCUUUUAAUAAGUAUCAAAAACUUACUAAAGACGAUUCUGAUUCAGAUUUGGAUGAGAGUAUUAGUACUUUAUGUAUAGGUAGUCCAAAGAAAAACAAGCAUGGUAAUCCGAUGUUCUCUUUAAGAAAAUUUAACGCCACUCCUUGUUUUGUAGCUCCAACACCACUGAAUCGUACUAGACCAUUGAUAUCACCUAGUAAAUUAGGUCACAGUACAUCUUGGGUUGCAGGUGGCUACUGGGGUUCUGAGGGAGAGCGUCCAAUGUUCAACAUUGACGGUAGUCGUUCCUCAAGUCAAAGUUCAGGGUUUGAGUCUCAGGCUUCUAGUUUGAAUCAGCGAAAUAUAUUUUCGCAACCUCCUUCUCGCGAGGAGUCUGUCUGUGGGGAGCCCAUGGCGGUUGACAACUUACGUUGCAACAACCCAACCAGUUUCAGCAAUUAUCAAACUCCGUUGAAUUUCUCUCGCGUUAGUUCACCGGUAUUUCCCCAGAUGCAGUAUAAUAGUCAUGUUCAUAUACCUCAGCCUCGUCUUGCUCAACAUAACAUGAACAUGGUCUCAACAAAAAUAUUUCCACAGCAACAAAUUUAUGUACCAAAUAAUACUUUUAAAACCCCAGGUGGGUCUGGACUGAUCAAAUUGCCUCAAGUGAAUUCAUUUCCUCAGUAAUGUUAACAACAAUUUGGUUGUAUGAUA